CCCUAUUGCCUCCAUCGAAGCCACAAGCGCGAGCAGCGGCGCCUGAACAGGGGCGACCGGGCGGGGGCACCACCAAUUCGCCGGCGGCCGGAGCCCUUCUUCCCCUGAGAGAAGCGGUUGUUAUUUCUGCUAGGCAAAGGAUGGAGUUUGAGAGGAAGCCUCCGAGUCUGCUGGAGCUUUGCGUUCGGAACGUCAUUGACAACCUCCGGUACGUCGACAACAUGGAUGGCGUGGAGAUGCAGCUGCUCAAGAGGAUCAUGCCCCACUGCACCUUGGAGCAGCUGACACGCAUCGAGAGCCGUACAGAGAUGGACAUUAGCCCUGUUACUGAUGUGCUGUGGAAGAGGUUCUACCAGCAGCAAUUUGGUGAGGAUAAUAUGAACCUCGUCGUCAAGAAAAUGAAGCAGAGUGGGGCACGUUACAAAUGGAAGGAUCUCUUCAAGGCAAAAACAGAAAAGCAGAAAGAAGUUGAAGAGGUUAUGGGUGAAAGACUCAGAAAGAAAUAUCAGGCACAAAAGGCUGAGAGAGAAAGCAAACAGAUUAAAAUUUGUACAAAGGUGCCACCGAGCAGCAAAAGAUGCUGGUUUGGAGGAAGUGGAUCCAGCAGCCUAUCUAACUCCAGCUACAAGAGCCCUAUCUUGAAAAAGGCAAGGAUGGAGGUUGACAGUCGGGCGAAAAUGCAAGCUACUAUCCAAAGGAAUACUUUUGCAAGGUCAUCCCAGCCAACAAGGAUGACCUCUCCUAAUGGACAGCCAUUGAGGUCGACGACAAUCCAUCGACCCAAUUCAACGAUAACCAUCACCAAACCAACUGGUGGUUUGAACAGGCCGGUGCAAAAGCAAAACACCAGGCCCAAAUUCUAGAAGGGGGCUGCCAUGGCAUCAUCUUUUCAACCCUAGAACGCUCCAUCACGCUCAUGAUGGAGCGAAGAUUAUGUUUCAUGUGGGCAAGUUGGUGCUGCUUGCCAUUUCAUGUGCCAUAGGAAAGUGUAUUGUGCGCACUUGCCCCAGCUGAGCAGUUGUAUCCUAGGGGAGUAAGCACACCUGAGUGUAUCAUAAACGAAUAUCUGUAAUAAACAUUUUUUUAAUAUGAUUCAAUUGUUUCAUUGAAAUA